UUCACCAGUGAAUAUACUAAGUGAGUAACAGAGAUUGUAGUGUCACAGUCAAAAUUGUGUAGUUUUGGACUUGGACACAUUUGGAUAUUUAAAGCAUGAAGGUUACAAACAGUAAUGUAAUUCAGUUUCACCUUGAAGUUAUUUAUGGGAUAACUGUGAAGAGCUUUGAGAAGAAAAAGGAGAGGCUGGUCAUCGGUGUUUCAAAGGUCUUUGGGGUUCCUCUGGAAAAUGUACCCAGGCAAUACAUUCCUGAGUUUGGACUGGUGCCCUGCUUUUUGGUGGAUGCUUGUUCAUUUCUUCUGGAGCGUGCUAGGACUGUAGGCCUGUUCAGAAAACCGGGCUCUCUUCCUCGCAUUAAGACCCUCAAGGACAAGCUGAAUUGUCAAGAGGGGUGUCUAUCCACAGCCCACCCCUACGACGUGGCAACUCUAAUCAAACAGUUUUGCAGGGAGCUGCCGGAGCCUUUGUUUCCCACAGAGCUCCACACAGCUCUACUUGAAGCCCAGGCGCUGCCCAACCUGCAGGACAGGACUUCAGCCCUUCAGCUGCUGUCCUGUUUGCUACCUGCCAGAAACUUCUCCUGUCUGCAUUACCUGUUUGACUUUCUCUGCAAAGUCUCCCAGAGAUGCACUGACAACUUGAUGACCAGCUCCAACCUCGCUACAGUCUUCGCUCCGUGUCUUUUGCCGCCUCCCAACAAGGCAGAGAUGUCUGAAGGGAGACUUGAACUCAGAGUUCUUGUCCUGCGCACAUUCAUCGAAAAUCCUGACUUAUUCGGUGUGAUUCCUAAAGCUGUAAUGGACAGUAUGGAGUUUCUGAUGAAUUUCCAUCUUCUAAAAGAUGAAAAGAGAAGGCCAAAAAAAAGACACAGUUUCAAAGUAAUGCAGUCUGGUAAGACAGCCUCCUGGAUUCAAGGAAGGUCAAAGGUCAGGCCUACAGUCUCUGAGCAGAACCAAGGGUCCAUCUCAGGAGAGAGAAAAUCGCUCAGGAGGAGCCUCGGCCUGGAGACUUUCCCUAAUGUCCAGCUCUUUAGGACCUUUAUGCCUUUUGCAGACCAAACUCUCAAACCUGCAACGGUUUUAUUGGACAGUCCCCCCAAACAUGCAUGCAAGACCCUGCAAGAGAGACUAAAAAGAGAUCUGCAUUUGGGUCAUUACUCGAGAUCCUCCAAAGGACCAGAUGCAGGCAGCUCUCCUGUUCUCAUUGGUGUCGGGAAACUAGCAUUGUGGAGAAGAUCCACUUCACUAUAUUAUAAAUAUUAAGAAGCUGCCAUGUGGGUGGCCCCACAUUACUGCAGAAUUUUAUGAUCCGGUGAUGCCUGACAGCCCAGUUUAUUUAAAGUUGUCUUAGAGCAGUUUAGAGUCUUUAGAUAUCUUAAGUUACAUUUUAACAUUCUACGUUUUAAUUAAUUUAUGCAUUUGACUACUUCACACAAGGACUGCUGGAUUUACGUUUCACAAUACUUUUUUCAAAUGAAUAAAUGUGUUUGUUUUUUUUUACUUACUA